CUGAAGCACUCACACGGCUCCCAUCACAUCACUGCUGCAUUAUUCUCCUUUCUGUUGUUUUCUGUGAACUAUGAUGCUAAAGGCUCAAACAGGUGGAUGGUGUCUCAUAAUCCUGGCUAUUAUUGCAGGUGUCCAGCUCCAGGAAAAUGAGCGCUCUGUCCAGCCUGCGUCUGAGCCUCACGUCUACAGGCCGGCGCUGCAGCCCACUGAGACCGCCCCUCCAAUAGGGACCUACAAGCAUGUUGGAAAAUCCUGCAUAAAAGCCACCAUGGGAGUACAGUACAUUGUCAUUGAGAAAAAGAAGGCUUGGUAUUACAACCUGGAGCCCUCCAGGGUCAGGACGGGGGGGUCCUGUGGUGAAGAAGCUGCUGUCCUCUUUCUCACACUGCCUGACGAUGCUGCCAGUCUGCAGCUCACCUUCAGAAAGAAAGGGAAUAUUUUCUACGUCUCCAAUCUGACCGCUCACGUGUCUCCUCUGCCUGUCUGCCAAGGAUGUUCCAAUAAGACUUACUCAGGUGUGUUGACGAAUGACAAGCUGUUUGCAGCGGCUGAUGGCCAGAGCUUCAAGUGCGAAUCUGAGAAUCUGCUUCUGACGUCUCCGGAGCUGAGGAUCCGGCUGGUUCCUCUGCAGAUACAGGCCUUCACUCUGCUCAAAGGACACUACGGAAAAGAGGUGGAGUGUUGGGUUGACUUUACCAAGCGAGUUAUCCCCAUCAUCCUCGGGGCCACAGUGGUGGGUCUUUUUCUCAUCGCCGUGACAACCUCCCUGUUCAUCAAAGACCACCACAGAGAAGGAUAUGACAGGGUCUGAACUUCGGACAACUGGAUGGAGAUUACCUUCAUCUAAAAUAUUAGUUCAUCAUACACUGUCACAAAAAGUUCCCAAAUUAGCUCUCCUUAAUUUAAAGCACAGCGGUCUAAUGCCCAUAAAUCUUGACAAUGUUGUUCCAUUUAUUUCUUUGACUAUUAUUUAAUUAUUUUUUCCAAUUAUAAUUUGUAAUCAUCACAAUUGGGUUUAACAUUUAUUUUCCUUUUUAUUCUGUAUUUAAUGAUAACUUUUGUUCACAACUGUGUGUUGUAAUAUUCAUAUUUGUGGCAUAUUCCAGAGUUAAUUGAUAAAAGGGAUUAGCCCUUAUUGACACACGCUUGUUAAUGAUUAAGUAAAUAAUCAUAACAACACUUGCUAACCUACAUGUCAGAGAUACUAGAAAAUGAACAUCGCAUUUUGUUGUUGUUGUUGCUUUAAUUGGUAAUAUAUUGUAUUUUGGAUAAACAAAUAUUUCGUUAUUACAUCAAUUGAAAUACUGUACAUAACUGCAUAAUAUUGUAGUGUUACCAGAAUACUUGUUAAAAUUAGAAAUGUUCAUCUAUUUUCCGUUCCAUCAUUUC